AAUAAAUGAUCUAUUAGUGAAGAAAAAAAAAAAAAACAACAUUGAGAUUGAAACAAUUGUGGAGAAAAUUUUUUUAUCUAGUGCCAGUGCUAAAUAACCACUGCGUAAAAUUUUAUCAUUUGGAUUUUAAUUGAAUGAUUUGUAUCCUGUAAACACUAUGCCGCUCUUUGGAAAAUCCCAAAAAAGUCCUGCUGAAGUUGUGAAGGCUUUGAAGGAAGCCGUCAAUGCUCUUGAACGUGGAGAUAAAAAAGUUGAAAAGGCGCAAGAAGAUGUAAGCAAAAAUCUGGUUCACAUUAAAAAUAUGCUGUACGGUACUGCUGAAACAGAGCCUCAAGCUGAUAUUGUUGUAGCACAACUUGCACAAGAAUUGUACAACAGUAAUUUAUUGCUCUUACUUGUACAAAAUUUAAGUCGCAUUGAUUUUGAGGGCAAGAAAGAUGUUGCUCAAGUAUUCAAUAAUAUUUUACGAAGACAAAUCGGCACCAGAUCACCAACAGUCGAGUAUAUUUGUACGAAACCUGAGAUACUGUUUACACUUAUGUCUGGAUAUGAGCAUCAAGAUAUAGCAUUAAACUGCGGUACAAUGUUGAGAGAGUGUGCACGAUAUGAAGCAUUGGCUAAAAUAAUGAUUUAUUCCGAUGAUUUUUAUAAUUUUUUUAGAUAUGUCGAAGUAUCUACAUUCGAUAUUGCAUCAGAUGCCUUUUCUACUUUUAAGGAAUUAUUAACGAGGCACAAAAUAUUGAGUGCUGAAUUUUUAGAAGCCAAUUAUGACAAAAUUUUUUCACAUUAUCAAAGGCUAUUGAAUUCCGAAAACUACGUAACUCGCCGACAGAGUUUAAAACUUCUUGGUGAAUUGUUAUUGGACAGACACAAUUUUACUGUCAUGACCCAGUAUAUAUCAAAUCCAGAUAAUUUAAAGCUUAUGAUGAACAUGUUGAAAGAAAAAUCACGUAAUAUACAAUUUGAGGCCUUCCACGUAUUCAAGGUAUUCGUUGCUAAUCCAAAUAAACCGAAGCCAAUAUUGGACAUUUUACUACGUAAUCAGGAAAAAUUAAUUGAAUUUUUAACGCGCUUCCACACCGAUCGAUCAGAGGAUGAACAGUUUAACGAUGAAAAGGCAUAUUUGAUUAAGCAGAUUAAAGAGCUAAAGUCUGUACAUGAAAAUUAAUACCCUUUAUUUUUGUUUUCUUAUUAAAUAUUAUUAAUUAAUAUUAUUAUUAUUAUUAUUAAUCAUUAUUAUUUUUCCAUCUAGUUGUGUAAAUAAAUGACAAAAAAAAAAAAAACAUUCACAUUCAUAAUUAUUUGUAUAAUAGACUUGAAAUAACGUCAAUACUCCAGAUUAAUUUCACCAUUAAAUUUUAAAUAAUGAUAAAUAAUUAUAAUAAAAACUGAAUAGCCCGAUGGCAGCUACAAAUUUUAAACAAAAAAUAAUAUUAAAAUCUUGUGCCUAUUCUAAUAUUUUUU